AUGGAUAAUGAUAGAAAGAAGCUUGAUAAGGAUAUCAAGGCAAAGGCUGCCAAAGAAGGUUUCCAUAAGGAGAAAAAGAGAGGCACAGAUGAGGCUCAUUUGGUCAAGACUCCAACAGAAGCUCCGGCGGAAUCUUUCCGCAUGGCCACAGAGUGCAAGACUGAAGCCUUAACAGGAUUAGAAAUUACAGAUUCCAAUCCUGAUCUUGCUGGUGAGCUACAAUUUGACAUUGCAAACAUAGAAGAUGGUAGUGUGGACACUGAGUCGGAGACAGUGCCUCAAUACUUGCCCUACGUUCAGCAGGUGUGCCUUGCUUGGACAGCUGGCAUAUGGCUAUGGAUGAUACCCGUGCUAUGGCAAGUGUUCAAAGUCUUUGUAUGGACAAAGUGGCAAGCAGCUGAGGAGCAGCAGCAGCUACACCAAGACUUUGAGGAGGUCGGGUGGGAUAUGGGCAUCACACUUUAUGUGCUUGCACCUCUGAGCCGGAAGUGCACAAACCUGAACUGUGAGUGCAAAAACGUUGAGAUGCACGCCCAGGAUAAGGAUGUGCAUGACACUGUUGUCUUUACUGCAGAGCAUGGCCCUCAAGUGGCCAAGGCCAUGCUAUUAACAUGCCCAGCCUGUAAUACAUGCUACAGGGACAACUACUGCGUCCACAGCAAAUCAGACACAUGUACAUACUAUUUUGACCUCCCCAAUUUCAUUCAGGUUGGGGACCAUCACUUUGUUGAGACGUCAAUGGUCAAAGGCUGGACCAACAGCAUGGUUGUCAGUCAUACCUCUGCAACAAAUCUUGCAACUGCCUAUGAACUGUCACACACCCGGGACCUCGACCUAUACUACUUGCACCCACACAUAUCUCGCCGGGAUGCCAGCCUACCUUAUAGUGGAGUACUCUAUGUUGAGCAACCACCGUGCCCACCGUGUUCCGCUGUCAGUACCACACAGUGGGGAUCAAUGUUCUCGCUUUGA